AUGAAGAAGGUGCAAAUUGGUUAUGGAGUCGACGUCGACGCUGUGUCCGGCUGGAUCGGAUCCUACGGUGGGGAGGAUUCGAUAUCCGAUAUCUCUCGAGGAAUGCAAGCAGGAGAAGUCAACGUUCAUCGACUGCUCAAGAUGUUCAAGAAGUAUAACAUGACCCAAACGUUUUAUAUCCCUGGUCACUCGUUGGAUACUUUCCCCAAAGAAUGCGUUGCCAUUCGAGACGCUGGCCAUGAGAUUGGGCUUCAUGGAUAUUCGCAUGAAGAGCCAAACAAGCUCUCUGCACAACAGCAGGAAGACGUGUUCAAUCACACCUAUGAGCUGCUCACCAAGUUCGUUGGCGAACCUCCCAAGGGCAUCGUGACGCCAAUGUGUCAGAUUUCAGAGGCGUCAGCACAGCUCCUCGUUGACAAGGGGAUGGAAUAUGAUCACAGUGCGAUGCACAGAGAUUGUGUGCCAUACUACCUUCGAGUUGGAGAUCAAUGGGAGAAGGUCGACCCAAGCAAGCCGGCUUCGUCCUGGAUGAAGCCGCUUGUCCGUGGCAAACUUACUGAUCUGGUCGAGGUUCCCAUGAAUUGGUUCCAAGACGACUUUAUCCCACUGACAUUCGUGCAAAACAUGCCCCACGGCGGCGGGUGGCAGGAUCCGGAUACGCUUAUCAAAAUAUGGAAAGAGAGGUUUGAGUACUUUUACCGCGAAUACGACUAUUUCAUCUUUCCUAUGUGGUACGUCUGA